AUGCAUUUGCAUUUUGAGAAAAACUCCAACACAAGAUGCGACUGCCCGAUACUGUCGUUGUCCUGGAUGGGCAAGGUGCCGGAUGACAUACCGGAGGAAGAGGGAUGGAAGCUAAACCGUACCAACUACUAUCAGGAAGGAUGGCUGGCCACGGGGAAUGUGCGAGGAAUCGUCGGAGUCACGUUCACCACUUCACACUGCAAGAAAAACGUCGAUUACCCGUUGCGGACAAACUACAACCUUCGUGGGCAUCGGUCCGAUGUGAUCCUGGUUAAGUGGAACGAACCUUACCAGAAGCUGGCAAGCUGUGAUAGUUCCGGCAUUAUCUUCGUAUGGAUAAAGUACGAAGGUCGAUGGAGCGUGGAGCUCAUCAAUGAUCGUAACACACCGGUGACACACUUCUCCUGGUCACACGAUGGGCGGAUGGCGUUGAUCUGCUAUCAGGAUGGUUUCGUGCUGGUGGGUUCCGUCGCUGGGCAGCGGUAUUGGUCGUCGAUGCUGAACCUGGACGCAACCAUUACCUGCGGCAUCUGGACGCCGGACGACCAACAGGUGUACUUCGGCACUACCCAGGGACAAAUCAUUGUGAUGGAUGUGCACGGUGCGAUGGUGUCACAGGUUCCGCUCAGCUCGGACGUGGGCAUUACCGCAAUGGCGUGGUCGUGCGAGAAGUUCAAGAUGGAGGAAGGUGAAGAUACGGAACCGGGCGUCACCAAUGCAUCCAAGCGUAGCUUCGUGUUGGCCGUGAGCUUCCAGAACGGGUAUAUUUAUCUGCUGAAGUCGUACGACGAUAUCACCCCAAGCCAAAUCCACACGGGCAUGAACGGUGAGCUAGGAAUUGUGAUGGAGUGGAGUAACUCGCGGGAACUGUUGGCCGUGGCCGGGACCGAGCUGGGCAGCCCGCACGUGACUGAUAUCCAUGGUGCUACGGUGUACAAUAAUCUACUCAAGUUCUACACCGAAUCCGGUAAUCUUCUUUACACCGCCAAAAUUCCAAAUAGUACGUAUCCUGUUUCCGCCCUUACUUGGGGUCAUAAUGAUAAGCGUAUCUUCAUAGCGACGGGAACGCAAGUACAUAUUGCUUGGGUUUCAAGACGCGUCGCAUCGCUGCAGCUGUUCUGUCGUCUGAAAGUUCAAACCUCGUUGGCAUCGGAAGCAUUGCUGCCAAGACUGCCCCUGCCCGGUCGGAUAAAGGCACUGAUCGGGAAUCUGUUUGCUCAAACCAUACGGUGCUGUGUUCCCGAUUUGAAGUCACUUCGAGAGUUUGUGUCACGUCCGCCUGCCUGUUCGACGCGAUUGCACUGUACGAUGAUACGACACGAUGACGAUUCCAACCAGAGCUCAGGGACAUGCUAUACGCUCUAUUUGGAGUUUCUCGGUGGCCUAGUACCGCUGCUCAAAGGCAAACGGACCUCCAAGAUACGGCCAGAAUUUGUGAUAUUCGAUCCUCAGGUUGAUGAAGUUUCUACAUACUGUACAUAUUCAUCUGAUUCGACCACUACCACAACCACGACGAAAAGUUCUUCGACCUCUAGUCACUCGACAACUGGCACGAACGGUCGAUCAGAUAGCUCGGAGAGUGACAUCGAUGAUGAAUGCCGCUCUCCGAGACUAGAUCGAAAACGAAAGAAUGGGACGAAAAAACGCAACCCUAGUAGCAACGAUCGGUCUCCAAACCAGAAUUCUGACUCUACGGAAAAUAAUGAGGAUUUAGCUUAUCUCGACACUUUACCAGAGCAUGUGAAGCUUGUUGAAGUAACGUCCAACAUCUGGGGAACGAAGUUUAAGAUACAUGGACUAGCCAAAACUCUGCCGGCUAAUCUCGGACAGGUGACAUACAAAACUUCGCUACUACACCUACAGCCUCGCCAAAUGAAGCUGGUCAUCACGGAGCUGCGCGAUGACUUCCCCACCGGUCCGGAUCCCAACUUUAAUCCGAACAUUUUUUCCGAGGACGAGGAAGAUCAACAGCAUCAGCAACAGCUGCAACAACAUCAGCAUCAUCAACAGCACACACAUCAAUUGCAGCAUCACUCACAACACCAUUCCAAUGGAACACACGGCCAAUCAUUAGGCACGUCCAGAGAUAGUUCCGGUGCCGGGGCCAUUAGUCGAAAAUUGCUGAACGAAAGUGCCCCUCCAAUUGCACCGAUGUCGCCACGUCCGAACCGCUUUCCUUCGCGACCUCGCCGGCAACAGCAUCAACCAUCUGCGUUAGCCGGCUGUUCAUCAGCAAGCGGAGGACUCUCUCGCAAUGGGGUCCCGGGAUUGGGUCCACUGGCACGUGCCGAAUCGUACGAGGACGAUACGGAUGGGGCAGAAUCGUCCGUUGUAGUCGUGAGUGAUCUUCAUAGUGCAGCCGCACGAACUCCUCCUCGACAAAGCAUUGGGUACAGUCUCGUUAGUCGACCAUCAUCCGCCUCCAGCAAUCAAUCACGCGUUGCCAUCAGCCCACUGUACUGCGAGGGUUCCGUGCCAACGCUUCAGUCGCCCAAGAAUGCUGUGGCACCGAGUGAUAUUAUUUUCGAUCGCCCCCCAGCAGGACAGACGACGCUUAUGAGCUAUUCGAGCAAUAACGACUACAUUGGUAGCUUGGUGCAGGUGAAGAGUGCUCUUGUGUCAUCCGAUCACCAUCAUGGACGCAGCACGAUGAAUGCGACAAUGCCAUUAAACUUAAAUCUCAACCUUGACCGUGCGGAUACAAACCGUGCGAUGUGCACGAACGGUAGUAGUGGGAAAGACACACAUCUAGCCAAUACCCGAUGUACACCGAAAAAGCAAAACCUCAAAUUCAUCGAUGAGGAAUCGACGCCCAGUACGUCGGCUACUGCUGUCGUUCCAAAUGCGAUACAAGCUCCUUCUCCCGCUAAUACUAUUUCUUCCACUGCACCACCAACCGCUGUAGAUACGAACGGACUAGAGACACCCAUGUCGGAAACGAUAGGCGGUAUGCAUCGAACUCCUACCGUUGCUUCUAUGAUGCCUUUCAUCCCUGCUGCUUCUGCCGGAGCUACGACUACCAGGAUUCCCGACUCAAUCACGCGUAGCUGCAGCGUUGGAUAUCUGGACAACAUGACGAUUGUACCGGGUGAGGAGGCCCUAUCAAUGAUGCGACGUGAUGCACCGUACAAGCGACUCGUACUAGUCGAUAAGAAGCGACAGAAAAAAUACAAACGCAACUUAGACGAACUGCGCCAAGCGACCAGAUUACGGAUGGACGCGAAAUCCAAAAGCCUAGACUCCUGCUCGGACAUUCUACAGGAUGUGCCCAACCUAAACCGAGAUCUCAUCAACCUGUUCCGCCAGAUGCCCAAGGUGAACGAACUAUCCGAAAAUGAAACAGAAUAUUCUUCGUCCGAUCAACUGAUUGCCGGUGGGAAGAGUUGCUUAAAGGAGGUUAACGGAGUGCUCGCGCGCAAAGGUGCGCCGAUGAAGUUUGGCCCGGGGGUAUCCGGCCAGGGUGGAUCAAAAACUCCAGUACUGAAUCGUAAAGAAAAGCCAAAAAGUUGCUCCAUUUGCAAGCAGAUCUCUCCAACGGUUAACUCCACCGAGCCCAUUUGUGUCAAGUGUCGGAAAGGUGGGGUCGUUCAGGAUGUGCCGGCUGAUGACUGCAGGAAAGAAGCUUCGAUGAGUGCGGCGGUAACAACCUCGACGAGUGAUUCGCAGGUGAUUGCAAACGGCCACGAUACGGUGAGCGCUGGAAAGCCACCUCAGGCACCACCCAAAGCUAAACGGACCACUCUUGGUCAGUAUAUCCGAUCAGCUUGCAGUAAUCACUACGGAGAUCACUCGAAUGGGAAAGACUCCAACGGUGCAGUUACGUCCUCGGGGAAAGGUGGUGGAUUUUUCGACCGCAAGUCAUCAUCCACCCAUCAGCAACAGAACCUACAACAGUCCCAGGUAGCAAGUAGCGAAUUUCCGGCAGGUAUUCCGGACCCAUCCGCAGCACCAGCUCCGUCCAAUAGCACACCUUCCCGUUCGGUGGCCCGGAUCGUAACGAGCUUCACCGAUAGUCCACUGUUUUCACGGCGCAACCGACAGGCCAAAGCCGUGGAAAACGGAGCAGACUCCAGUAAACCGCCGAGCGAAUCCAACACACCGAUUCUGCUGCGAUGGAACGCAAAUCGCCACAACAAGCACGGUAAAGCAGACUCGGUCGACUCGCCGAAGAAGCAUCGUCGCAAUGGUAGUUGCCCGGGACCGAGUAACGAGCCGUCGAUAGAUGGCGGUGAGUCAUCCAUUGGGAUGGCCUCGGCAUCGUCACAAACGGAAGAUCCACGACCGAGUGGAUCGGGGCAUAGUGGGCCGGCCGGGCUUAUUAGUAGAUGGCGCGAUAUGGAGGACGGUGGUCGCCAGUCUACACCACCUGCAUCACCAGCCCGGCUUGCACGAAGUUCUCCGGCAUCGCCAACACCAAGCAAAAAAAGCAAGCGCCAUCAGAGUGCUUCACCCAUAAGGCACAUUCUGAACUCUCCGCUGCUAAACCGGAGGCAGCGGAAAAAGCAACACACCGAAAGCUCCGACGAUGAGAAUGGUGGUGGUAGCCACAAUCACAGCAGCCCUAGUAACCAUACGGAUGACAGCAGCGGUAGUACAAGCGCGAAACAGUACCGCGACCUUGAAACGUUCCAGAAGGCACAGCUACGACAGAAGCUAAAGCGUGGAAAAAUCGAACCGAACGGUGUGGCCAGCUCUUCGCAAUCACCUGCCCCGGUACGGCGCGAGUUUGUGAUGCACAAUAAGGCCCCGAUGUGGAAUGAGAACAGUCAGGUCUAUCAGCUAGAUUUCGGAGGGCGCGUUACGCAGGAAUCGGCGAAAAACUUUCAAAUCGAAUUUCGUGGCAAGCAGGUAAUGCAGUUUGGGCGCAUCGAUGGUAACGCGUAUACGCUCGACUUUCAGUACCCAUUUUCGGCACUGCAGGCGUUUGCUGUCGCACUGGCCAACGUUACGCAGCGACUUAAAUAG